CUAAUGGCACAAGUGGACACGCCUACCGUUCUGUUGUUGUGUGGUGUAAUCUCGGUCUCAUUUCUUUCAGUGGCAGGCGUUGCUGUCGGGAAGGUUUGUUUGUAACACACGAAUAAAGUACGACUGAUUAGGUUAUCACGAACGCUGCAGAGAUGAUACGUGGAAAGUCCUAUGAAAGGUUUGGCGGUCCAAGAUUGUUUAAAGGGGGGAACAUUGAAAGAUAUUCUGAAGAGGAAAUGCUGAAUCCAGAUAUGAAUCAUGGCUAUUCUCAUGGAAGAUUUGAUGUUCCAAACCCACGAUCAUUUGACUCCUAUGAAGCUGAUUAUUCUGAGAGGUUUGGACCUUAUGAGUCUUACGACUCCGGGUCUGCUCAGGGUGGCCCAGAUCUGUACAGAUCUGGCUUUGGAGGUAGUUUUGGUGGCGGAUAUGACCAGUUCGAUAAUGACGAGUCUAACUGGAAGCCAUCUUACCCACGGUCGAAUUUAAGGUCUGGUUUUAUGGAUAAUGAGGGAAGAGAUGGUUACUCUUCCUACGGCAGAUUUUCUUCACCCCAUAUGAAGCCUGCACCCGUAGGCUCUCGGGGGAGAGGAAUGCCUGCUUACCCUCAAAACAAAUUUGGAGGUAGAAGCCAUGAUCUGGGAGGACCAACAGCCGUCAGAGGCAGAGGCAGAGGACCAGUGGGCUUCUUUGGGAAGUCUAGACCUGGAAUAAUAAUAGACUAUCAGAACCAGACGGCUAUGAGGGGAGUAAAAAGGAAGAUGAUGCCGCCCAGCAGACCCAAUAUGUUCAUCAAGAAGCAAAAAGUUACCAAACCGGCAUUAAUAAAUAAACCCGUUGUGAUGAACCCUGCUGAGGCUGGCUUUCAAGCAGAAGGUGAUCAACUUACAAAGGAUACUGGUGAAACAGGGACAAGUGUUAAUAAAACUGAUGAGGACGAGCAAAGGAAACUAGAAGCCAGAAGAGAGAAACAAAGACGCAGGAGGGAGAAAAACAAUGAGAAAUACGGUGACGGUUACAGACUGGCAUACACAUGUUCUUUCUGUAAGUUCCGAACAUUUGAAGAGAAGGAUAUUGAAGAUCACUUUGAAAGCUCUUCUCACCAGGAGACUCUAGACUACAUUCAGAAGCAAGCCAACUUUGAAGAAGACGUCAUUCGUUUCUUACAUGAAUCUAUGGUCAACAAAUUUAGGAAGACUGUAUUUCGCAAAACACGCAACUGUCACCCGGAGCUAACUCGAGAGGAAGAGUUAAAAGAAGCAAUGGAAGGAGUUACUGAAGAAGAUUAUAUGAGGAAAGUAGACAUAAUUCAUUGCAGUGCUUGCCAUACAUAUGUUCCUGCAGUUAUCUUCUCUGUGAAGCAACACUUAACAUCUAAAGAACAUCUGAAGAGCAAAGUGGGCUAUAAAGAGCAAUUGAGGAGGGAGAGUGUUCUAACGGCCACCAGCAUCCUGAAUAACCCAAUAGUGAAGGCUCGUUAUGAAAAAUUUGUUAAGGGCGAGGAUCCUUUUGAAAUCACAGAGGAAAGCCAGCAGCAGGACGACGGAGAGCAGAAUGAUGCAGCUGAGGAUGCUGAACUAAAUCCAGAUGACGACCCAGCUGCUGAAACAAUGAAGGAGGAGAAUCCUUUUGAAUCCCAGCAGUUACAAAAAUGAAAAGCAUGAGGAUGCUGAACUGAAUCAAUCAACCAAUUGAUGAGCAAGCAGCUAAAACUGAAUGGUUGAAAAAUUGAAAAUAACUUAUUGAUGGGGUAAAAGAAAAUAUUCUGAUAGAAUAACAUCCUGCCUUGUACUUGUUUUCCCUCUUAUUUAUUACCCAUUUUAAUUUAAGCAUGAGUGUUAAUUCUGCUUUUUAGCUGACUAAUAUCCUGUUACUGCUCUAGCCAAUAACAUUGCUGUGUAGGUUUAUGUUGAGUGUAUAUUAUUCCAUUAUUUUGUGUUUGUUUUGGUACAGAAUUAUUUUGUAAAGAGAAAUUGUCCACUAAACUAGUGUAUUGUGUAUUAAACUGGUGUAUUGUAACUGUAAUUUUCCUGUAAGCUUUUGCAACAAACUGGUUUUUAUGACAAAUACAUAUUUAAGUUCUGUGAAUUAAGAAUGCAGCAUAUUGUAGCAAUAUUUCCCUUCCUUUUUAUAUGUGCAGGUUUUGGCAAGGAAAUGUUUUAAAUGUAGGUACUUCUAUUUGUAAUAUAAAUAAUGACUAAAACCUUCCAAAUGCUC